CAAAUAUAUGGCUUGAUAGAUGGCUUCUACCUCUUCUUCUUCUGUUACUGCUUCGCCAUCAACUCCGGGAUGGACAUAUGAUGUUUUCUUGAAUUUUAGAGGUCCAGAUUCUCGUAAGACUUUUAUAGGUUACCUGUACAAUUCGUUAGAAAAUAAAGGGAUUCGCACUUUUAAAGAUGACAAUCGAAUGGAGAAAGGAGAGUGCAUCUCUGAGAGCCUAGUAAAUGGUAUUCGAGCAUCAAAGUUUUUUAUCCCAGUCUUCUCCGUAGGCUAUGCUUCCUCAAAAUGGUGCUUGGAAGAACUUGCAACAGUCAUAGAAUGCCAAAAAAAGUUGAAGGAUCAAAUUGUGGUGCCAAUUUUCUACCACGUGGAGCCUACAGAUGUCCGGAAUCAAAAAGGAAGUUUUGAAGUUUCGUUCCAAAAAAUUGGCAAGGAUGAUGAGGAGAAGAAGAAGAAGAAGGUAAAAAGAUGGAAGGAAGCCUUAAAAAGGGCUGGCGAACUCAAAGGGUAUCAUUUGCAGAAUGACUAUAACGGAUACGAAUCAGAAUGUGCAGAAAAAGUUGCUGCCGACAUACAUGCUCGAUUGAAUCAAGCAGCUGUAGCCUAUGAGAAGGACUUAGUGGGGUUGGAAUCUAUAGUUAACAACAUUGGUAACUGGCUGAGGUUUGCAUCUGAUGAUAAUGAUGAUGUUCGGUUCAUUGGCAUUUGUGGUAUGGGAGGUAUCGGUAAGACAACAAUUGCAAUGACUGUUUUUAACAGAUUUUCGCACCAAUUUGAUGGAGUUUGUUUUCUUCAGAAUGUUGGAAAACAUGAAAUCAAUGAAUUGCAAAAGACCCUUUUAGCAGCAAUCCUAAAGGAAAAGGAAACAUCAGGAGUAAAAAUAAGCAAUGUGCUAGAUGGAAAGGGGAAGAUACAGAUAAGGCUCAAAGAUAAAAAGGUUUUGAUUGUUCUUGAUGACGUAGACGAUUUGGUACAAUUACAAAACUUAGCCGGACAUCGAGAUUGGUUUGGUAGAGGCAGUAGAGUGAUUAUAACUACAAGAGAUCAGGAGCUAUUGCGUUCCCAUGGAGUUGAUAAAAAGUAUGUAUAUGAAGUACAUACGCUGCAAGACCAGGAAGCUAUUAAACUGUUUAAUUGUUAUGCCUUUAAAAGUGAAAUUCCUGAUAGAGGUUUCGAACUGCACUCGAAUUUCAUCGUGAAUUAUUGUAAGGGUCAUCCAUUAGCACUUAAAGUUUUGGGGUCUUCUCUUUGUGGACUAAAGGCAGCUAUAUGGGAAAGAACUUCAAAGAAACUCGAGGGCGCCGCCUUUGAUGUUAUUAAUAAAGCACUUGAGAUAAGUUUUGAGAGAUUAGAUUCCAACAAUCAAAAAUUCUUUUUAUAUAUUGCAUGCUUUUUCAGACACCACAAGGAAAAACAUGUAAAAGAGGCCCUUGAUGCUUUGGAACAUGGAUUCAUUGAUACGUAUGUGCUCAUUGAAAAAUCUCUUAUAUCAGUCGAAAAUGAAAGAAUUGAGAUGCAUGAUCUAAUCCAAGAAAUGGGUUGGCGAACUGCAAGAAAAAUGUAUCCUGAGAGGUGGGUUUGGAAGGUUGAUGAUGUGUUAUGCGGAAAUAUGGACUCUAAACAGCUAGAAUGUAUUGUAUUCCCCUAUACAUGCGGAUUUCGGUGGCAAAAUAUUAACAGUGCCUUUGAAGCUUUGAAGAUACUCAUAGGUAAAGGGUCAUACAAUGAAGAGGCUAGUAAUUUUGACCGUGUCAAGGAUAAUUAUCCGCUUCCUAGCAGCUUGGAAUUGAUUCAUUUCCCAUAUUAUCCUUUCUCUUCAUUACCCACCACAAGUUUUUAUUCCAGUGGCAUGGAUGACAAUUCAUCGGAGCAACUUCUGAUUUCUCAGCUGCGCGUUUGUUCUGUAGAAAAUUGUAGUGUAACUACGGAAUUAAGCAAACUUACCUAUCUGAAUCUUAGCUCUUCUUACUCUUUGUUGGAAACGCCAAAUUUUGAUAUGAUGCCGCAUUUAAAAAAGUUAUACCUUUCAGAUUGUGAGAAAUUAGUAGAGAUUUAUUCUUCUGUGGGACGUCUUGAGAAGCUUGUUUUAUUGGAUUUAAGUAAAUGCCGUAAUCUAAAGAGGCUCCCCAGAUUUAUUCGUGUUUCAUCUCUUAAAUUUCUCAAACUUGAGUAUUGCUCAGAAUUAGAAAAUUUUCCAGAAAUCCAGGCAAAUAUGCCACUUGUAAGGGAGCUGAUUUUAAAAUCCGUUGGGAUUAGAGAACUCCCCUCAUCAAUCGGACGACUAAGUGGCCUCACUGUGUUACACUUGAUUGAGUGUAACUAUCUUGUUCUUCUUUGUGAUGAAUUAUGUGAGUUGGAAAGUCUUAAAUUCCUUGAGCUUAGAGAUUGUUACCAACUAGAGUCAUUGCCAGAAAACAUAGGCAACUUGUCAAAUUUGAAAGAGCUUUUUAUAUUUGACACUGCCAUUUUUCAACUCCCACCUUCAAUAACGCGGUUGAGCUUACUUGAAUGCUUGUGUUGGGGAGGCAACGAGGAGAUCCAGGAGAUUGAUGAAGGGAGAAGUCUCAAAUUUGUGCCUAGUGUAGCAGGUUUGCGCUCACUGAAAAGGCUACAGCUCUCUGAUUUUAAUAUCAUCGACGAAGGACUCCCUUCAGAUCUUGAAUACUUGGUCUCGUUAGAAUACUUGAGUCUCCGGGGAAGCGAUUUUGUUGAUUUACCUGAAAGCUUCAGUCAACUCCCUCGCCUUCAAUAUCUUGACAUCAAAGGUUGUAGACAACUUAAAAAGCUCCCAGAAACUACAAGAGAAGAAGAAGAGCAACCAGAUCUCCCAAAACUCCCAGAAAGUACAAGUGAGCUAUAUGCAGAUUCUCGUUUUGCCUCUAGAAGAAACAUAACUAAGUUAUUAGCAGAGUGCCCAGAAUUGCAUGCAGUCGCAUUCAGUGAUGAUGGUAAUGAUCCAUGUAUGGGGCGGCCAGAGUAUUUUUUAGCUAGGAUGUGUAUUCGUUUUCCGCUUCCUAGAAUUCCAAGAGAGACUCCUUUCAGUGUUAGCUAUUCAGUAGCGGAAGAGAGUGUUGAUGAGAGUCUUGAUGCCGGUGCCUUGAGAUUAUUCCAAUACCGAUGCUAUCAGUCAAAUGGUAUUUCCAUUGAUCUCACCAAUUACUCUUGGUAUAGUAACAGGUUUGUGGGAUUUGCUGUAUAUUUCUUCUAUUCGGGAUUUGAUUUGUGGGGACCACACUCCUACGAAGACAUUCAUUGUGUUGAGCAUUGCACAGUCAUAGCUAAAUUGUCACACAACAAUAAUAGAAAUAAAGAUCUUCAAAGAGAAUGUGUGAUUGUCAAUGCGGAUGACUAUACAUGUGGGGAAAUCAAAGGACACAUAUGCUUUGCCUACAUACCAUUUAGUAGUUUGUGCCCUGAAUCUAGUACUAAUACAAAGAGUGUAACCGCAAAGGAUUUUUCAAGAUUUGAGGUGAAAUUUAAGAAUUUGGAAGCAACUGCAGAUUGGGGUUGUAGCUUCUUAUAUCAAUGGAAAAAACCUGCAAGUCGGAAGGAUAUUUGUUCAUGUACUCAUACACUACCAAGUCGGAAUUCUAUUUGUCGAGAAUGCAGCACUGAUGAUUGGGGACCACCCUGGCGCAUGUUGAAAUACAUGAAUCUCAGCCGACUGAAUUUGAUGAAUUUUAAUAAUUUACCUGAGUUCAUCAGCCGAUUCCGUGUUAUUCAAUAUCUUGACAUGAGUGGUUGUGCAGGAUUUAGAGAGCUACCAGAAUUCCCACUUACUAUAAAGGAACUAUAUGCACCAUAUAAUAGAAGUUUGGCCUCAGAAAACAACAUAACUGAGUUAGCAACCAAGUAUUCAAAAUUAUCUUCUGUCUCUUUCUCUUUUUCUAUGCAUGAUAACGAUGACAGAGCCUUUCUGAAACCUGGGGAGUUGGCUGAGAAGUUUAUUCCUAUCACACAGCCUUUUCUAAAUAGAAACACUCCUUUUGCUGUCUCCUAUCCUUCUGACAUUAUGUGGAGUGAUGAUUAUAAAAUCGGCAAAUGUUUCAAAUAUUCUCACAAUGAUUCGAACAAGAUCUCCAUUUCUCUCGAUCCCACAUGGUAUAAUCAUAGCUUUGUAGGGUUCGUUGUAUGUUUUCAGUUUCCAAUAAAAGUGAGAUGGGAGUCACACCCAGCCAUUCUCCCUUUUAGGCAUUGUGAGCUCAUAGCCAAACUUACACACAAAGAUAAUGGAAGUGAACCAGAUCCUCUCCAAACCAAAUGUGUGAUUGGCAGACUAUAUGAUGAAGAAUUUUAUGAUCACUUUGAGGAUGGGGAACUUGUAUGCUUUGCAUACAUACCAUUUAGUAGUCUCUGGCCUAAAUCUGAAGUUAUCACGGAUACUACUACUCCCAAUCAUUAUUCGGUAUUCGAAGCAGCAUUUCAAGAUUUGGAAAUUUCAAAGCAUUUCAAUGCCGAAGAUUGGGAAAUUUCAACAGAUUGGAGUUGUGGUUUGCUGUAUACAGAUGAUAAAUCAUUAAUUGAAGAAUUACAGCAAAAAAGGGAGAAUGGUUCUAGUGAGAGUGAUUCAGAAGAGGAAGAGGAAGAGGAAGAGGAAGAUGACGAUGAAGAUGAUGCAAUGACAGAAGACAAUAAUCUUGGACAUAGUGCUGAAUUGCCUAUCGAUAUAAGUGAUGAUGGAUCCGAACCUUCAGAACAUGGUGAUUCUGGCGCUGCAAUGGCAAAACAUAGAGCCGAAAUGCAGACUAAUGAGGUGAGAGGCAUCAGAUUCACAAGCUCUGGAGUCAAGACUUGCAUUGGACGAUCUCCUCCCACCAAAAAGAGAACCCGUGGGCCAUCGUUGACAUGUAUAAGCCAAAAGCAACUAAAGCUGUGUACAAGUAAUAAUCCUACUACUAGUGAUUCAGGAAAAGAAGGUGAAGAUGAGGAAAUGGGUGAAUCAUUUGAUGGUGACGAAUAUGGUGAAGAGUGUGAAGCAAAUGAAAGAAAUGCAGGACACGGUGUUGAUGAAGUUGAUUCAGUGGAUGAAGAAGAAGGAGAGGAUGAGCAAAGAAAGAAGGCUCCUCUCAAUAAGGACAAGACUCCAGAAGAUAUAAUAAUAAAUUCAAGAAAACAAAAUAAAGGAAAGAAUAAGCAUGGUGAACUAUUGGUUACCAAAGAUCGCAUUGAAGAGUGCAUUAAGUUGGAGCCAGAUUAUAAUAUCUUUCGCCAUUCAUGCCCCGUUUUUGUGAUGAAAGAUGACAUUGCGGAUUUGCUCUUGAUGGAAUGGCUUGAUGCGUCAAUAAUACAAGUCUUUAUAAUGUAUCUUCAUUGGUUGUGCAAGCAAUCUGGAGUUAACUCAAUCGGGUUUAUGUGUCCAAGAAAGAUAGCAAAAGAUUCUGUUGACAGGAAUGUCGACGAUGUUAUAGCCUACGUUGGUAAUACCAUGGCCAAUCUUCAGGAUAAGACAUUCAUUUUAGCACCGUACCAUCAAGGGGUAUUCCAAACAUAUGCGAAUCAGUGGGGACAGCAAACAGGACACUUUGUAAUUGGUUGGAAGAAUAUUCAGUGUCCUCAACAACCGGGAAGUAAGGAGUGUGGAUACUAUGUUAUGAGGUAUAUGUAUGAGAUAUGUACAACAUAUUUUGCCUACACGUCAUUAGAUGAGGCAUUUCAAGAAAUUGAACCGUAUUCCAAAGAGAAAAUUGAUGAGAUACGCACUAUGUGGGAGAAAUUUUUUACCUUAAGAAGGUAAUGCUGGUGUGUUUUGAAGUGUGUUUGGAGUACAUUGGCAGUAUUUUUGCUAUGGAAUUUGCAGGAUGUUUUGCUCUCACUGUUUUUUCAAGUGUGUUGGCUAUAUUUUUGCACUGGACUUUGUUGCAUGUGUGAAUGUGUGGUAUCUGAUCUUCCACCAUUUCUUUCAAUUCAAAGGUUUUUGGUGUGCUUGGUUAUGUGAUUUUGUUCUUAUUAAUGUUGCCAUGUGGACAACAGGUUAUGUAAUCUUUGGACUUUAUUAGCCUUGUAUUUAUGGCAUUGAUUGUUGACGACUUACAUUCGUUUUUAAACAAGUGAUUUGUAUGUGAAUAUCACUGUCUAUACUCUUUAGUUUUUUGUUAUAUGAACAAAGAGUAAGGAGUAAAAUUGUGAAA